AUGAAGCUCCUUACUGUAUUUUCACAGGCUGUGGUCAAUUCAGAAUCAAGAAAAGAUGAUGACAAGGCUGACAGGCUGAACUAUCGGUAUGGAGCAGCAUUGUUGAUUGCCUUCAGUGUGAUUGUCCUUACUGAAAACUACGUUGGUAAACCAAUUCACUGCCUGUCCUCAGGACUAGUUGGCUAUGCCGAAUAUGCUCACAAAUUAUGUUAUAUGAAGGGCACUUAUUUUGUGCCACACGGUGCACAGUUUCCUAAAACCCAGGAAGAAAUAAACAGUAGGACUGUUUAUUACUAUCACUGGAUUCAAUUCAUAUUUAUGAUUUUGGCAUUUUUGUAUUACAUCCCAAUUAUCAUUUGGAGAACAUAUUCUUCCAAAUCUGGAUUUUCUCUUUCUAAGAAUAUUCAAACGUGCAUCAAAGCACGAAAUUCCGUCACAGUUGCUGACAAAAAACGACUUAUUAAAUGUGUUUCUGAUGAAAUCAGCAAUUACGUUUCCAGAAGAAACCUUCCAAUGUCGACUACAAGCUACAUUUUCUAUUUGAUUAAAACAAUUACAAUGUUUGGGGGACGUCGACAAGGAAACUAUUUCACAAUUUCCUAUUUAAUCUGCAAAAUAUUGUUUCUGGUCAGCAUUUGUUUACAGAUCAUAUUGCUUAACAAAUUCUUGGGUUUUCAAUUUCAGAAAUACGGGCUUUUCCUCAUAAACGAAUAUGUUCAUGGACGGGAAAUCAACGAAUCAUCUUUCUUUCCUCGAGUUACAUAUUGCACUUUUUCAAUACGAAAUUUCAACACUGUGAAUACUUAUACUCUGCAAUGUGUUCUACAAAUAAACUUAUUUUUGGAGAAAAUAUUUCUCGCACUUUGGGUUUUUUAUAUGAUUGCCGGAAUAUACUCAUUGUGCUAUUUCUUCAGCUGGCUUUAUUAUCUCACUAGUCUACGAAAAAGAGUGUCAUGCAUCAAGAUACAUUUGCCAUCUGUGGACGAACAUAAUUCUACUGUCACAGAUUUUGUCUCAAAAUAUCUUAAAACUGACGGAUGUUUCAUCAUUCGAAUGAUAUCACAUAAUGUGGAUAAAGUUACUGCUGAUGACAUUGUGGAUUCCUGCUGGAUGGACUACCUUGAAUUUAACGAAGUAAUCGGAAAUCGCCAAGGAAUUUUAUGGAAGAAUCUGCCUUUUGAGGGAAAUUUAUAUUAG